UCUCAAAUAAACAUGGCGGCACCUGGUUCCUCCACAGCCUUUCUGGCACUUUUUUCCCUGUUUGCGGCGCUUUUAUUAAGUUGUAUCAUGACAGACUCAGGCAUAACGUGGCCGGUUGUUUGGCUGACUUUAGUCGCUGUGUUGGUGUCGCUGUGGUGGCGGCAGUUGCGCCACCGGGACGGUGCGACGGACCGGCGAGUGUGCGUGCUGGUGUUGGGGGACAUCGGUCGCAGUCCUCGGAUGCAGUAUCACGCCUUGUCCCUCAGCAAACACGGAUAUCAUGUCACGUUUGUCGGCUUUUUAGACUCCAAACCUCAUCCCGACGUGCUGAUGGAGGAGAAAAUCCGGAUUGUCGCCAUCGCCGAGGUGAAAGGUGUUAGAGCCGGACCGAAACUCCUCACGUACGUGACGAAGGUGAUGGUUCAGUCGCUGCAGCUUCUUCGUGUCCUGCUGACGAUGGAGCUUCAGUCUUUCAUCCUGAUGCAGAAUCCUCCUGGGCUGCCCGGCAUUGCGGUGGCAUGGCUCGUCUGCGUCCUGCGUGGAAGCCGAUUUGUUAUCGACUGGCACAACUACGGCUACACCAUCAUGGCGCUGAGCCACGGAGCGUCGCAUCCGGUGGUCCGUCUGGCGAAGUGGUACGAGCGCUUCUUCGGGCCUCUGGCUUCACACAACCUGUGUGUCACCAACGCCAUGAAGGACGAUUUGCAGAAAAACUGGGGCAUCAGGGCAACAACGCUGUACGACCGACCCGCCUCCAUCUUCAGAGAGACUCCUCUGAAGCUGCAGCAUGAGCUCUUCAUGAGGCUGACAGGGAGUCAUCCUCAGUUCCAGCACACAGGGUCUGACGGUUCGGAUGUGGAGAGGACGGUUUUGACUGUCCGCGACCCAGCUGACGGCGCUGUGACUCUGAGGGCGGAGCGACCAGCGCUGCUGCUCAGCAGCACCAGCUGGACAGAGGAUGAAGACUUCUCCAUCCUGCUGACGGCUCUGGAAGCUUACGAAGGUUUCAUCAGACGCGGAGCUUCAUUGCCGUCUUUACUCUGUGUGAUCACAGGUAAAGGUCCUCAGAAGGAACACUACAGGAAGCUGAUCGACUCUCUGCACCUGGAGCAUGUGAAGAUCUGCACCCCCUGGCUGGAGGCCAAAGACUACCCACUCUUAUUAGGUUCAGCAGAUCUGGGUGUUUGUCUCCACAAGUCGUCCAGCGGUCUGGAUCUGCCCAUGAAGGUGGUGGACAUGUUCGGCUGCUGCCUUCCCGUCUGCGCCAUCCACUUCAACUGUCUGCACGAGCUGGUGAAGCACGAGGAGAACGGACUGAUCUUCAGAGACUCUGCAGAGCUCGCCGAGCAGCUCCAGUCUCUCCUCGCAGAGUUUCCCAGUUCAGAUGGUAGACUGGGAGUGUUCAGGAGGAACCUCCGCACCAGCAGGGGGCAGCGCUGGGACGACAACUGGGACCAGCAUGUUCUGCCUCUGAUCGCUGCUCAAAGAUGAACGAAAGACGUACGAAAAGCAUGAAGCCACUACCACACAGACUUCCUGUCUAAUUUCCCAGUGAUCACCUGCGGUACUGCAACAAAAACACUCAGGUUUUAAACCUUCAUGAGUGUGAGCUGUGGACCACGUAAACCUGGAGGAUAAAAAACACGAUUCCUAUAAAACAUCCAUAAAGGUUACAGAAAAAUAGACAUUUAAUCUUCCAGAGUUUUGGACACUUGAUGAGGAGUUACAGGCUUCUUCCCAUUCCUGUAGUCUUUUUACGUUACUUGAAUGUAUAAAGAACGCUUUGAUGCGAUGCACAUUUGUAAAUAAAAUCUUUAUUACG